UUUUUCCAGCCCUCUUCCAGCCGCAUUCCGGGCUCUGGGAUUCCCCCUCCGCUGCUCCGGGGGGGCCAAGCGGCCACGGCCAAGUUGGGAUCUCAGCAGAGCCCCCAGAUCGUGAUGCCCCCCCUGGUCCGAGGGGCCCAGCAAAUCCACACGAUCCGGCAGCACUCGAGCUCGGGGCCGCCGCCGCUGCUGCUGGCGCCGCGCGCCUCGGUGCCCUCGGUGCAGCUGCAGGGCCAGAGGAUCAUCCAGCAGGGGCUGAUCCGCGUGGCCAACGUGCCCAGCGCCAGCCUGCUCGUCAACAUCCCGCAGGCAUCCCCCACAUCCCUGAAGGGCUCAGGUGUCCCCUCAGGCCCCUCAGGCCCAUCCCCGGCGGGCGGCACGGCGCUGGCGGGCACCGGCGAGGCUCUGGGCACACAUGGAUCCCAUUCCCAAUGAUCCAAAUAAUCCAAAUAAUCCAAA